AACAUUAUAACAGAUAAGGACGAUAUGGAGAACGAGAUAUCCAAUAUAAAACAGAUUUUGAUUGGAGAUGGUUAUCCAAAAAGCUAAUAGAUAAUAUUACCAAUAAAAAAGGAGCAUAAGGGAAAACAAAAAAUUGAAAAAUCUUGGCUAUCGACGAUAGCCAAUCCAUAUCAAAAGGACACAGCUGAACAACUUCAAAGACUAUUUGCUUCAUAUAAUAUUAAAGUCUAUGUCAAACCUUCUAAUUCUCUGGAGAAAGCGUUGGUGCAUGUCAAAGAUAUAGUUCCCAGAAUGUCACAAAGUAAUUGUGUCUUCAGGAUAAAGUGUUCAGAAUGUGAUGCAUGCUAUAUAGGGGAGAGCAGUAGGCAGGUGAAGGUCAGAGUGAAUGAACAUAGACUAUGCACGAAACGUCCACCUAGAAAUGAAGUAGAAUUAAAAAGUCUAGAAAAAAGAUCGGCUAUAGCAAUGCAUGCGAUAGACAGCGGACAUAAGAUCGAUUUCGAUAAUGUCGAAAUUCUUGGAAGAGGUUUUCAUUCACAUAAAGAAAGAUUGACUUCUGAAGCCUUGCACAUUUUAACCACAUCGAAUGCAGUGAAUAGGAAAGAAGGGAUAGACUUAUCACCUAUAUGGCAAACUCUUAUGAAGCAAGACAGAUGGAAAAACCAUUCUAUGAGCCUCCAUGAUCUUUUUUAAAACAUGUAGGAUCAUGUUUAUCACAUAUGAAUUCACAUAUUUUCCACAUGACAAAUAACAUACAUGC